AUGGAUCUGAAGUCCAUUGCGCACCACUUCAUUGACAGGCUUUCCUGCGGUGAGCUGGAAAUCUUGGAGAAGAUUGCGGUGGGCUUAUCUUCUGAUGAGUCUGAAGGUGUCAGGGUUGGAACAACAUGCUCUGGCAUCGAAUCAGGCAUCAUGGUUACCAAAGCUUUGUUUGCGGCCAUCAACGAAAGGUUUUCCAGGUCCAAUGUGCGGGUCUACGGUGCCUUUGCAGCUGAAAUCAACCCUGAAAAACGGCAGUUCAUCAUAGAUGCCCAUGGGGAAGACGUGGAGCAUGUCUUCGGUGAUGUGUCCUGUUUUGCGGAUGAGACCGCUUACUGCUACAAAACACAAGCCUAUGUGCGCAUUCCAAAAGUCUUCCUCAAGGUUUCCGGCACGAGCUGUGUCAAUUUGAGCCGGGAGCGGUCAGAUCGUGCAGACUUUGCGGACUGCUACUCAGAAGGGAAGGGGGAGUCUGGACACACCUACAAGUUUGGCUACUUGAAAGCGAUUCAGACAACUGGUGCUCAAGUCACUGUCUAUGAGAAUGUGCUUGAUUCCAGCUACGCCCUCAAAGAUGGUGAUCUUCAAGAGCACGGGCAUGCCUUUGAGUUUUCCAAGUGUUGCUCAUCCGGGUUCCUCUUGCCACAGAGACGGUCAAGGGUUUGGGGAUCAUCCUGCCAGGAUGAAUCUCCAUCUGAGUACGGGCUUCAGAUGAGACUCUCCAUGCUGCGGAUGCAGGGAUCUAUGAAGUUUCCGUUGGAUAGCAUUUUGGAGAAGGAUUUGUCCCAAGUAGAGCCAAAAUCAACGACCUUGAUCUCUCACAUCACAGCAGUGAGAAAGAUCUGUGCAAAGAGGGGGCUAGACGUGAAACAGGUCACCCUGGACACUGCCGCAAGUGCCUCUCGAGGACCAGAAUGGAGCCAUGGCCUGCUGACAUGUGUCAGGCCAUCACACAACAUCUACCAUUUGGGCUUGAAACGAAUGAUCCUGGGGAAAGAGAUGCUUUUGGCACAUGGUAUCUUCCCAGACAGUUUCAGAAACCGUGCGGCUGUCGAAGCCUUGCUACAAAAUGACAGUCUAUGCCGAGACUUCGCUGGCAAUGCGUUCAGCACAACUGUUUUGAUGGCAAAGAUCCUCUGCACCAUUGUGACUCGGCACAGCCACGUUUCGAAGCAAAGGCGGAUCUCAACGGCUGGAUCGGGAACUUUGGGAUCUGCAAGUGCCUCUGCUUCUUCGGCCUUCAAAGAGGAGAGUCAAGAUUCGCCAACACCUCCAGGUCCAGAUUCACAGGUUCCAGAGGAUGGAGCAGCAGUUGUGGGUGACUCUUCCGAUCCUCCUGAUGCUGAGGAACCUCCUGACACAACUGAUGUCCCCAAAACAUCCGGAAAAAGGGGAGACAAUGGGAAAAGCAAGAGCCUCACCAUCAAGAAGAAGCUGGAACUUCUCCAGAUUCUGAAGGAGCUGAAAGAAAGUGGGGAGUACAAGUAUCCAGAGAAGGCCGUGAUGGUUGCCAAGCAUGGGAAGGACGGCUACUUUCAGGGGGCAGGCUCCAAGAACAAGUGGCCAGCUGCCAGGGCAAAAUACCAUUGGGACACUGUCGCCGAGCUUGCCCCAAAAGUUGCGGAGAAGUUUUGCGAGACACCCAAUUGGCUUCGGGAGAGAUUGGAAAUCCAUGGCAGAAAAGGAAAUGGGACCUACAAGAUCAGCGGCGGCAUUUACGACUCGGUGGAUGCAGUUCUAUCUGAAGCUGUGCAAGCGGGGAUGGAGCUCAACACAUGCAGUGUGGAGGAGGUUCUCCUGGACGCCAUUGAGACCUACAACAAAGAAGUCGUUGCUUGGAGAGAAGCCAGAGAAAAGGCCGACUUGGCGGCAUUGAACCAACUUUGUGAUUCUGGAGCGAGUGAAGAGGAAAUGGCUAGAAUGACAGAGGAGCAAUUGAAAGCCAGAGAGUCUUGGCCAUCUCUGUGCAAUGUGGGGAAAACUCCAAGGGCAUUGAAUCAGCUGGCCUUGGACUUUUGCACCAAGUAUGGGUAUGCCAACUACAGGCAGGACAAGCCCCAGAAACACCUGCCACGGGAUCAUCCAGCCAUUCAGCGAGUCACUCAAUUUCUUUGGAUGACGGUGGCCGAGGGAGAAGUGAACCCAAAGCUGGUUGGUCACUGGGACCAGGUGUGGACCUGCUUAUUUGAGCCUAUGAAGAGAUGCUUGUGGAAAACAGGAGAAGGUCGAAAGGAUUCACUCGCAGCCUAUCCAGCCCGUCAAGUGGUCAGGAAGGUAAUCCAAGAACGAUUUGGGCAAAAUGUUCAAAUCCCAAAGUUUGAGAAGGACAAGACAUGGGUUGCCAAUUUGGCUGACGUUUCUGGCUAUAGUUGCCAGAACAGCGUUUCCAGGUGGAGGAUGCCACGGACCACAACAACAGUGAGUUGGAUAACAGGAGACAUGGGAUUUGCCUACGUCACUGUUCCGGAGGGGUCAGUUGACCCCAAGGAGAUGAAAGCAAUGAACGAGGAGUUUGAAGGUAUGCUGGUCAUUGACAGCUCAAGCACCGAUUCUCACAUGUGGAGUGGGCCCACUUGCAUUCGGUUCUUUGAGAACUUGACCAUUGAACUUCGGAAGAGGAGAGCUGCAAUCGGUUGUCAGGAUGUUUCUGAAAAGGCACUUCUGUUUUGCGAUCGUUGCACUUCGCACCUCUCCAAGACUUACUUGGACUUACGAAGGCAGUGGGCAUCGCAGCAGAAUGUCUUGCUGGUUGGCACAGAUCCAACUGCAGAUGUUCAAGUGCCAGGGGGCUGGGGACUGUCCAGCAGUCCCAACGACGCUUGGCAUGGACAUUUUCACCAGCUCCGGAUGGCAUACAUGAGGGCAGCGAUGCGUCUUCCACUCAACCCCCUCCAUUGCAACCUAGUGGACUUCGAGAUCUCUUGUGCUGGCAUUCCUUCUUUGACGUGCCCCAUGCGCACGUCGUUAUGUGCAGACGCAUGGGCACUGCAGAAUGUUGCCAAGCUUGGGUCUGGGAAGACCCUUUUGUGGGCAUGGAUCACAAGGGGGUACCUGGAACCCCAAGUUGCUGCGGAUUGGCAUUUUGAAG